UCCAGUCAAAAGUCGAAGCUCCCUGAUCCUGAGAAGUUCGCUGGAAGUACCUACAAAUUCGACACUUGGUUACCUUCUAUUGAAGCAAAGCUAGCUAUCGAUGGUACGGCAAUUGGAGACGCCACGGCUCAAUUCUACUACGUCUACCUGAACCUUGAUUCGUCUGUCUAAUUAAUAGUUCUGCUACAGCUCUCCUAUAUAGAGUAUACUCAAUCGUGGGACUACCAAACGAUUCUGGAUCAGCUUUCACGGGUAUACGACAAUCCAAAUAAGCAAUCGGAGGCUGAAGACAAGCUCUAUGCCCUCCGCCAAGGCAACGAUUCCCUUUCUGCCUAUAUUGCCAAGUUUGAAUAUACCCUGUACGAAGCGAAUAGCCAAAGCUGGCCAGAUAUUAAUAAAAUUUCCAGCUUUCGCAAUGGCCUCAAUUCCGCAAUUCGCUCUCGUCUGGCCCAGCAGCUUGUUCUACCCAGGAUUUACGCCGAUUUCCUACGUACGGUUCAGCAGCUCUCGUCAAAAACAGCCGCACCACCGUACGUUACUGCUCCCAGAAUUGCCAGCGAUCCUAUAGACGUCAGCAAACUGACAAUUG